AAUCAAGCACCGAAACUACAAAUAACAAUAUCAUCAGAGGGCAAAACAGAGAGAAGAGAUAGUCUAUCUAUAAGAGGUUUCGAAAAGAUGCAAAGGAGUGGUGGUUCAAGGCCGGCUAUGGCUACUCCCAAGGUGGAAACUGUGGUGAAGCUGCAGCAGGAACAACAGCCCAAGAAAGAAGCUGCUGCCAUGUCUGCUGCUGCUGCAGUUGGUCCGGCGCCGACCACAACCUCUGGUAUGAACAACAUCAAGCAGGAGGCUAGGAAAGUGGUAGCAGCUGCUCCGGUGUACCAACGUUGCAUCGGCGGUUGAUGUUUGUCAAGGCAAAAAAUCAAGGACGUGGGGAGUCAAGUCAUGGGGUUAAUUAAAUAAUACUAGAAUAAGAUGGGGGGAGCAGAGAGUGUUCGCUUUUAGUUGUUUUUAUUUUGGGAUGUUUGGUUUUGUGUUGCAUUUCCGAAGACUAUGAAUCUUGAAUAAUAUGGUUUAAAAUGU